AUGUGUUCUAAAGCUCAAGAUGACAUGGAAGAAUGGAAUUGUAGAGAUGAGGUAGAAGAAGAGACGAGGAAUACAGCCCCUGUGACGAGAAAUGUGGAGAACUGGCAACCACCCCUGCAUCUGUGGCUGAAGUGCAAUACUGAUGGAGCUUGGGAUCACAACAGGGAGCAUUGUGGAGUAGGGUGGGUAUUACGAGAUCAUCACGGGGAUGUGAAAUGGAUGGGUGCAAGAAGACUCUUGAAAUUAAGAAAUCAUAUUGAAGUUGAAGCAGAAGCUUUAAGAUGGGCAGUGAUGAUGAUGGUAAAGCUCAACUACACUAAUGUGGUUUUUGAAACUGACUGCAAAGGUCUAAUUCAAACUUUACAAGACACAAAGAGCAAUCCUAGUAUAUUGGCUUAUACACAGAAUAUCCACAACCUGCUCACAAAGAUAGGACCUCAUCAAGUAGUUUUCAAGAGUAGAUAA